AGAGAUCAGAGGUGGAUGAUGCGGAUGUUGAUUAGUGAUGCCUGGAUCCGGACAGACCACGCUGCUGUAGAGAUGGACGCGUUUGAGUUGUUCCGGAAACUCGGAGCUGGGGCUAAAUUUGACUUGAAGAGGUUUGGUGGAGACGCCGCUCGGUUUAAGGUUUCUAGGUCUCAAGGAGCAGACGAGUCUUUGGAUCCUCUCUCUGCCAUCGAUUACUUUGGCUCAGGAUCCACCAAUGGAGCACAGAGCAGGACGCAUGGAGGACUGGAAGAGGAGGAUGAGGAUGGAGGAGAGGAAUAUGAAAGAGAGGAUUCUGAUGAGGAGGGAGGUAAAAGGAAACGCAAAGAAGAAGACGACGACAGAGGUGUGAAGACCAAGAAGAAGAAGAAGAAAAAGACUAAAAGCAACCAGAUAGAAGUGGAAGCUGGCGACGCGUCGCUGAAAGAAACACAGGGACUUGGCAUCACCUGGAUGUCCUCACUGAACAGAAAGAUACAAGAGCUUCCCGGUGGCGGGAAAGAGAAAUCCACGCUGAAGAGGCUGAAGCAUCUUCAUCAGGAAAAGGUGAACCGCAUCCGCUCUAAGCACCGUAUAAACGUGCACGGCAGCGACGUGCCCGACCCCGUGUGCACGUUCGAGGAGCUGCAGUCCGAGUAUCGCCUCAACCCGCGCGUCCUUCAGAACCUCAAGGAAGCAGGGCUGGACUCCCCGACGCCGAUUCAGAUGCAGGCCAUCCCGCUCAUGAUGCAUAGUCGGGAGCUGCUGGCCUGCGCUCCCACCGGGUCUGGAAAGACUCUGGCUUUCUGCCUGCCGCUCCUCGCACACUUGCAGAAGCCGGCCAAUCUGGGCUUCAGGGCCGUGAUCAUCUCCCCGACCAGAGAGUUGGCCAGCCAGACCUACAGAGAGCUGCUCCGCCUGUCAGAAGGAGUCGGAUUCAGAGUUCACAUCAUUGACAAAGCUUCCCUGGCGGCAAAGAAAUAUGGACCAAAAUCUAACAAAAAAUAUGACGUCCUCGUCAGUACUCCAAACAGACUCAUCUACCUUCUCAAUCAAGACCCUCCGGCUAUAGACCUCAGCAGUGUGGAGUGGCUGGUUGUCGAUGAGUCAGAUAAGCUGUUUGAAGACGGUAAGACGGGCUUCAGGGAGCAGCUGGCCACCAUUUUCCUGGCCUGCUCCAGUGCAAAGGUUCGCAGGGCUUUCUUCAGCGCCACCUGUACUCCUGACGUGGAGCAGUGGUGCCGCCUGAACCUCGACAACCUGGUUUCCGUCAACAUCGGACACAGAAACACAGCAGUGGAGACGGUAGAGCAGCAGCUACUGUUUGUCGGGACGGAGAACGGCAAACUCGUGGCCAUGAGGGACAUCAUCAAAAAAGGCUUCCUGCCUCCCAUGCUGGUGUUCGUUCAGUCUAUAGACAGAGCACGGGAGCUUUUCCACGAGCUGGUGUACGAAGGCAUCAACGUAGACGUGAUCCACGCCGACCGCACUCAGCAGCAGAGGGACAACGUGGUGAACAGCUUCCGCUCCGGUAAGAUCUGGGUGUUGAUCUGCACGGCUCUGCUCGCCAGAGGAAUCGACUUCAAAGGAGUGAACCUCGUGCUGAACUACGACUUCCCCACCAGCGCUGUGGAGUACAUCCACCGAAUCGGUCGUACUGGUCGAGCUGGACAUCAGGGGAAAGCCAUCACCUUCUUCACAGAGAACGACAAACCACUGCUGCGCAGCAUCGCUAAUGUCAUAAAACAAGCGGGCUGUCCUGUACCCGACUACAUGAUCGGCUUCAAGAAGGUUCACAGCAAAGUGAAGCGGAGACUCGAGAAGAAACCUCCAAAGAGAAGCAAUAUUUGCACAACUCCUCGCUUCUUAAUGAAGAAAAAGGGCAAAGUGCAGAAGAAAGGACAGAAGCAGGCGUCGAGCGAAGAGCAGAAAGGAGAAAAGCCACCUCAGACGACACAGCAGCAGCAGCCGGGACGGCAAGAGAGGACGAAAGGACUGAAGACAAAAAAUGCAACAAAAAAAGAAGGGGGGGCAGAGAAACACAAGAAGGCGACUCUGAAAAUAAGAUCAGCUCCUUCAGGAGCCAAGUUAAAAAAGAAAAAGGGGACGAAAACCAAGUCUAACGGGGACUAGAGAUGACUGACUGACCGAUAUGAAGAGGGAUGCGGUUUCUCUUUUUUUACAUCUUGCAGUUUAAUCGUGUUUGUGCUUUAUGUUACAAGAGUUUAAAAUAAAAAGUUUUGUGCAUA